AUGCAUCAACCUCUCGGUUUUCGUGACAAAAAUUAUCCGGAUCAUGCUUGCCUGCUAAAGAAGUCUUUGUACGGUCUCAAGCAGGCUCCGCGAGCUUGGUAUCAGCGAUUUUCUGAUUUUGUUGGUUCCAUUGGUUUUUGUCACUGUAAGUCAGAUCAUUCCUUAUUCAUUUACAGAAAUGGCUCUGACAUUGCUUAUACUUUGUUAUAUGUUGAUGACAUUAUACUCACGGCGUCGUCUGAUCGUCUCCGAAAGAAUAUUAUGGCUCUUUUGAGUUCUGAGUUUGCUAUGAAAGAUCUUGGUCUUCUCAGUUAUUAUUUGGGCAUUGCGGUUACCCAUAUUUCCGAUGGCCUGUUCUUGUCACAAAAACAAUACGCUGCUAGUAUCACUGCUCGUGCCGGUAUGUCAAACUGUAGCUCUUGUCCUACACCGGUUGAUACGAAGUCUAAACUCAGUGGUUCUGCAGCUGCACCUUAUGAUGAUCCAACUAAGUUUCGUAGCCUUGCAGGGGCUCUCCAAUAUCUGACUUUUACCAGACCAGAUAUUUCUUAUGCAGUUCAGCAGAUAUGUCUCCAUAUGCAUGCUCUGACAACUGAGCAAAUGAGUGCUCUCAAGCAUUGGGGUGGAUGUCCUGACACCCGUCGUUCUACCUCUGGAUACUGUGUAUUUCUUGAUGACAAUUUGAAUUCUUGGUCAUCUAAACGACAACCCACUCUUUCUCGUACCAGUGUCGAGGCAGAGUACAGGGGUGUUGCCAAUGUGGUUUCGGAAUCCUGUUGGAUUCGAAAUUUGUUACUUGAAUUACAUUAUCCGAUUGACAAGGCUACUUUAAUUUGCUGUGACAAUGUGAGCGCCAUUUACUUGUCCGGCAACCCCGUUCAACACCAACGAACUAAACACAUUGAAAUGGAUAUUCAUUUUUUUCGUGAAAAGGUUGCUCGUGGUGAAGUUCGUGUACUUCAUGUACCAUCCCGAUAUUAUAUUGCAGAUAUAUUUACAAAAGGGCUUCCGCGCGUACUGUUUAAUGAUUUCAAGGACAGUCUCAGCAUCCGAAGACCUCCCGCUUCGACUGCGGGGGAGUGUUAG